CAUGCUGGGCCUCGGCAAUAUGGCGUCCUCCUUGAUGUGCUGAUGAGAGGAGUUUCACUGUAGCUUCAAACCAGAGGACAAAACUCCGCAAACCCAAUAAGCCCACGUUACCCGCUUUCUGCGCGGCUCCGUAUCGCCCGUUUCUCAGGACUCGUUCUCAGGCAGGAGAGGGCCACGGGGCCGAGGGCCAGGACCGGCCCGGUCGCGCGGACCCGGGGCUGAGCAGCCGGUGCGGGCGGGCACCAUGGGCCGGUCCUGGCUCUGGUUGCAGCAGCUGCGGCGAGUGCGGGACCCGCAAGGCUGAGCGUGGCCGGAGGAGGCCCGAGGCCCUCUGGACCUCUUCCCUUCGGCCGGAGAUCUCCGCUCAGACGUGAACCGGCGGCUCGAGCGAGCGGCCUGCCUGCCUGUGCUCGGAGGCCGAGAGCAGGGUCAUCGCGAGGCCUCAAGCGUCGCACGCCUUUGACAGCUAGGCCUGCGGCCCCUCCGGGCGCGGACGGCCUCUGGAGCAGCCAGCAGCCCGGGGUCCGGGGGCGUGUGCGUCCGUGCGGCGCUCCCGGGGCUGCCCCGUUUCCCACCUGCUCCCCCCAACUCUGACGUCCCGCUCGGAGUUAGAAGGAUCUCAGCGGACUCUGUGCAUGAGUGAGGGGCUCCGCGUACGCCUUCCAUUUCUUUUUCUGCUCCCCCCUUUUCUUUUAUUUCACCACUUCUGGUACACGCUAGCCUUUAAGGCUGGAGGUUCUCGAGCGCUUGCUGCCAAGGACUCCCCCACCCCCACCCCCCCUGAUGGAGUCCGAGAUGCUGCAGUCGCCCCUUCUGGGGCUCGGGGAGGAAGAUGAGGCCGACCUUACCGACUGGAACUUGCCUUUGGCUUUUAUGAAAAAGAGGCACUGUGAGAAAAUUGAAGGCUCCAAAUCCUUAGCUCAGAGCUGGAGGAUGAAGGAUCGGAUGAAGACAGUCAGUGUGGCCCUGGUUUUGUGCCUGAAUGUCGGCGUGGACCCCCCAGAUGUGGUGAAGACCACCCCUUGUGCACGAUUAGAGUGCUGGAUCGAUCCCCUGUCGAUGGGGCCUCAGAAAGCCCUGGAGACCAUCGGAGCCAACCUGCAGAAGCAGUACGAGAACUGGCAGCCCCGGGCCCGGUACAAGCAGAGCCUCGACCCAACUGUGGAUGAAGUGAAGAAGCUGUGCACGUCUCUACGCCGCAACGCCAAGGAGGAGCGGGUUCUCUUCCACUACAAUGGCCACGGGGUGCCUCGGCCCACAGUGAACGGAGAGAUCUGGGUGUUCAACAAGAACUACACGCAGUACAUCCCGCUGUCUAUCUACGACCUGCAGACGUGGAUGGGCAGCCCGUCGAUCUUCGUCUACGACUGCUCCAAUGCCGGGCUCGUCGUCAAGUCCUUCCGGCAGUUCGCCCUGCAGAGGGAGCAGGAGCUGGAGGUCGCUGCCAUCAACCCCAGCCACCCGCUGGCCCAGAUGCCGCUGCCCCCGUCGAUGAAGAACUGCAUCCAGCUGGCAGCGUGUGAGGCCACAGAGCUGCUGCCCAUGAUCCCUGACCUCCCGGCCGACCUGUUCACUUCCUGCCUCACCACCCCCAUCAAGAUUGCCCUGCGCUGGUUCUGCAUGCAGAAAUGUGUCAGCCUGGUGCCCGGAGUCACACUGGACUUGAUAGAAAAGAUUCCCGGCCGGCUGAACGACAGGAGGACUCCCCUGGGAGAGCUGAACUGGAUCUUCACGGCGAUCACAGACACCAUCGCGUGGAACGUGCUCCCUCGGGAUCUCUUCCAGAAGCUCUUCAGACAGGACCUGCUGGUGGCGAGUCUGUUCCGGAAUUUCCUGCUCGCGGAAAGGAUCAUGAGGUCGUACAACUGCACCCCGGUCAGCAGCCCGCGCCUGCCCCCGACCUACAUGCAUGCGAUGUGGCAAGCCUGGGACCUCGCGGUGGACAUCUGCCUCUCCCAGCUGCCCACGAUCAUCGAGGAAGGCACUGCAUUUCGGCACAGCCCCUUCUUUGCCGAGCAGCUGACCGCCUUCCAGGUGUGGCUGGCCAUGGGCGUGGAGAACAGGAGCCCACCCGAGCAGCUCCCCAUCGUCCUGCAGGUGCUGCUGAGCCAGGUGCACCGGCUGAGAGCCCUGGACUUGCUGGGAAGGUUCCUGGACCUGGGCCCCUGGGCGGUGAGCCUGGCCCUGUCGGUGGGCAUCUUCCCCUACGUGCUGAAGCUGCUGCAGAGCUCGGCGCGGGAGCUGCGGCCCCUGCUCGUCUUCAUCUGGGCCAAGAUCCUCGCCGUGGACAGCUCGUGCCAAGCGGACCUGGUGAAGGACAACGGCCACAAGUACUUCCUUUCGGUCUUGGCGGACCCCUACAUGCCAGCCGAGCACAGGACCAUGACGGCUUUCAUCCUCGCUGUGAUCGUCAACAACUACAACACGGGGCAGGAGGCCUGCCUGCAAGGCAACCUGAUCGCCAUCUGCCUGGAGCAGCUCAGCGACCCCCACCCCCUCCUGCGCCAGUGGGUGGCCAUCUGCUUGGGGCGCAUCUGGCAGAACUUCGACUCGGCCAGGUGGUGCGGGGUGCGGGACAGCGCCCACGAGAAGCUCUGCAGCCUCCUCUCUGACCCCAUUCCUGAGGUGCGCUGCGCGGCGGUCUUUGCCCUGGGCACGUUCGUGGGCAACUCCGCGGAGAGGACUGACCACUCCACCACCAUCGACCACAACGUGGCCAUGAUGCUGGCGCAGCUCAUCAGCGACGGGAGCCCCGUGGUCCGGAAGGAGCUGGUGGUGGCGCUGACUCACCUGGUUGUGCAGUACGAGAGCAACUUCUGCUCCGUGGCCUUGCAGUUCAUGGAGGAGGAGAAGAACUACCCCCUGCCUUCUCCUGCGACCACAGAGGGCGGGAGCCUGACGCCCGUGCGCGAGGGUCCCUGCACCCCCAGGCUGCGCGCCGUGAGUUCCUACGGGAACAUCCGCGCCGUCGCCGCGGCCAGGGGCCUGAACAAGUCUCUGCAGAACCUGAGCUUGACGGAGGAAUCUGGCGGCACGGUGGCCUUCUCCCCCGGCAACCUGAGCACCAGCAGCAGCGCCAGCAGCACACUGGGCAGCCCGGACAACGAGGAGUACAUCCUAUCCUUCGAGACCAUCGACAAGAUGCGGCGCGUCAGCUCCUACUCCGCCCUCAACUCGCUCAUCGGCGUUUCCUUUAACAGCGUCUACACGCAGAUCUGGAGGGUCCUGCUGCACCUUGCCGCCGACCCCUACCCCGACGUGUCCGACCUGGCCAUGAAGGUGCUCAACAGCAUUGCCUACAAGGCCACCAUGAACGCCCGGCCGCAGCGCAUCCUCAGCACGUCCUCGCUCACCCAGUCGGCGCCUGCCAGCCCCACCAACAAGGGCAUCCACAUCCAGCAGGCGGGGGGCUCCCCUCCGACGUCCAGUGCAAGCAGCUCCAGCCCGACCAGCGACGUGGCCAAGCAGCCGGUCAGCCGGGAGCUGCCUGCGGGCCGGCCGGGCGCCGCCGGGCCCGCGGGCGUGCAAUACACACCCCACUCCCACCAGUUCCCCCGCACACGGAAGAUGUUCGACAAGGGCCCGGACCAGACCGCCGACGACCCGGACGACGCGGCCGGACACCGGAGCUUCAUCUCGGCCACGAUGCAGACGGGCUUCUGCGACUGGAGCGCCCGGUACUUCGCCCAGCCCGUGAUGAAGAUCCCGGAGGAGCACGACAUGGAGAGUCAGGUCCGCAAGGAGCGGGAGUGGCGGUUCCUGCGCAACAGCCGUGUCCGAAAGCAGGCGCAGCAGCUCAUCCAGAAAGGCAUCACGAGGCUGGACGACCAGAUCUUCCUGAACAGGAACCCCGGGGUCCCCUCCGUGGUCAAGUUCCACCCCUUCACCCCGUGCGUGGCCGUCGCUGACAAAGACAGCAUCUGUUUCUGGGACUGGGAGAAGGGGGAGAAGCUGGACUACUUCCACAACGGGAACCCCCGCUACACCCGGGUCACCGCCAUGGAGUACCUGAACGGCCAGGACUGCUCGCUGCUGCUCACGGCCACCGACGACGGCGCCAUCAGGGUCUGGAAGAAUUUCGCCGAUUUGGAAAAGAACCCAGAAAUGGUGACCGCUUGGCAGGGGCUCUCGGACAUGCUGCCCACGACCCGAGGAGCGGGGAUGGUGGUGGACUGGGAGCAGGAGACCGGCCUGCUCAUGAGCUCAGGGGACGUGCGCAUCAUCCGCGUCUGGGACACGGACCGCGAGGUGAAGGUUCAGGACAUCCCCACGGGCGCCGACAGCUGUGUGACGAGCCUGUCCUGCGACUCCCAGCGGUCCCUCAUCGUCGCCGGCCUCGGUGACGGCUCCGUGCGCGUCUACGACAGGAGGAUGGCGCUCGGCGAAUGCCGCGUCAUGACGUACCGGGAGCACACGGCCUGGGUGGUGAAGGCCAGCCUGCAGCGGCGCCCCGAGGGCCACAUCGUGAGCGUGAGCGUGAACGGAGACGUGCGCUUCUUCGACCCACGGAUGCCGGAGUCCGUGAACACCAUGCAGAUCGUGAAGGGCCUCACGGCCCUCGACAUCCACCCCCAGGCCAACCUGAUCGCGUGCGGCUCCAUGAACCAGUUCACGGCCGUCUACAGCGGCAGCGGGGAGCUCAUCAACAGCAUCAAGUACUACGACGGCUUCAUGGGCCAGCGCGUUGGCGCCAUCAGCUGCCUGGCCUUCCACCCGUACUGGCCACACCUGGCCGUGGGCAGCAACGACUACUACAUGUCCGUGUACUCCGUGGAAAAGCGUGUCAGAUAGCGGCGCCUGCCCCGCCAGGCCACGUGUACAUAGUGGACCCGCUGCUGCCCGGGGCUCUAGGAGGCCACGCUGUCUGUCUGUCUGUCUGCCUUCGCUGCCGUGCCCCGGAGCCCCAGGAAAGGGCUUUACUUGAGUCCUGGGGUGUGGCGGCUGCUUCUCCGCGGGGACGCAGCUUCCAGGCCAAGGACAAGGCCGCCCUUCGCCCUCGCCUUCCUGUCGUUUUUGUUCUGAGAGUUUUAACGGGAGAAACAAACUCAUUUUAUUUUCCAAGUGAUCUAAGCGGGAGCCCCACAGAGCUCCGAGAUGGACGCCAGCGUCUCCCCCCGCCCGCGGGCCCCUGGGCCGCCGCCGCCUGGCCACAGCCUCCCGCCUGUGCGUGCACGGGGCAGUUCCAGGCAGGCAGGAGGGGCUGGGGGUUCAAGACUGAGAGCAGGACAUGGAAG